AUGAAGAAAGAUGUUACUGAUAACCCUAAAAAGCUCGCAAACUUGAUCGAUCUCGUUAACCUUCCUCCCACUCUCAGAGACUUCGUCGGAUUGGAGAAUUUAAACUUCGGCGACUUCAAGUUCGCUUCCGUUCCCAAUCAACCACUCCCUUCCACCUAUGGUAGGGGCAACUUCGUCAACCAUUCCAAUCACAUCAAUGGCACCACCAUUUCAAAACCCUCUGAUCCAUUUACAGUUUCCCCGGAUCCCCUUGGGAAAACCGCAAACAAAGCUUGCGGAGCUAUUCCGCUUUCAAUCUUCGGCGAGGAAGAAGAUGAUGAACCUGUUUCUGAUUCCAAUUCCAAUGAUUUUUUCUCCAACGGUGGUGGUGCUGUUGUGAAAAAGGGAUCCGAUUCGAAUGGUUCCGUUGGAAUUAGUGAUUUGAUUUCCAAUUUGUAUCAUCAGCAAAACGGAUCAGCUUUGAAAUCCAAUGUCGGCUCUACCAGUCCGAAGAAAUCGAGUGUAAACAAUUUGAAUCAGGAUGAGGACGACGACGAGGACGAUGGAUGGGAAUUCAAGUCUGCGAAACGGGAAACUGUAAAUGAAAACUUCAAUGUUAAGGUUGAAACGCCCAAGCAUGGUAACAGUGCAGUUGGAGCUGGUGCUUUGUUAGACUCAUCUGACAAAGUUGGUGAACGGAACCUGGGGUUUGAGUUCAGUCCUAUUUCUGCAUCUCACAGCCUACAGCUAAGUCUGAAAGGUGAAUCAAAUGAAAAUGGAGCUGGGUUUACCAUGUUCAAUCAAACUUUUGGGAAGUUGGCAAAUGCACAUUCAUGGCCAGGAUCAAAUCAAACUUUGAAGAGCCUCUCUCCAAUCAAGAUUUAUGUGAACAACCUCACCAUUCAAGAGAGCUUUCUUGAUUCUGUCCCCCAAGGAUUUGCUGAUAAGAGUAGAAGGAAUAUUAAGCUCUGCAAUUUAGUCAAUGUACAGUCGCUAUCUGGAUCUCCUUCCAAUUUCCAAGUUUACACUGCUUUAUUGAAACCUCAUGAGAGAAUUAUGGCACUCGAUCUUCCCCAUGGUGGGCAUCUUUCACAUGGAUAUCAGACUGACACCAAGAAUAUAUCAGCCGUAUCUAUAUUCUUUGAAACAAUGUCGUACAGAUUGGACGAGAGCACUGGUUAUAUUGAUUAUGACCAGAUGGAGAAAAGUGCUGCACUUUUUAGGCCAAAAUUAAUAGUUGUCGGUGCUAGUGCUUAUGCCCGCCUUUAUGAUUAUGCACGUAUUUGCAAGGUCUGUGAUAAACAGAAGGCAGUUAUGUUAGCUGAUAUGGCCCACAUCAAUGGAUUAGUUGCUGCAGGUGUUAUUCCUUCUCCUUUUGAUUAUGCAGAUGUUAAAAAAUUACAAGCUGCAAUUAAGGAUUCUGUGUCUGAAAAUGAGGCAUUUCAGAAAGUAUUUGGAAAAGAAAAGCAUGGAUAUGUUCGUAGUAUGGGACUUGGAGUUACACCAUCUCAAAUUAAUAGAUCUACGAGAUCGAAAUCUUCUUCUGCAGAAAGUGAACAAAUAAAGGAAAUGCAAGAAGAAAUUAAUGCACUUAAAGAAAAGAAUUCAAAAAUUGAUGAAUUAACACAGGCAAUCAUAUUCUUAACGCAAAGGGACAAGGCGAGGACAAAGGAAAUUGAACUCUUAAUGCAAAUGCAUAAUUUUAGUGGAAGACAGGGAUUGGAAUCACCCGCUGAUGGUAGACGUUCAUCUGAGUCUAGCUACCGUAUUGGAGAUAAUGGAACUUCAGGGGGGACAAAUUAG